GCCAUCCGUACGAAGCGUUCGGAGCACACUACAGCAACACCAUGAACCAUCAGCACCAUCAGCAACAGCAGCCAUUGAACGCCCUGGGCGGAAAGGUUGGUGCAGCAUCGUCUCCGGUCGCCGGGCGCGCCUCGUCACCGGCCGUCACGAAAGUGAUCGGUCAACCGGGCGGUUACUUUUCGCCCACGGCAAACACCGGCAGCAACAGCAGCGGUCCCACGGUCACCACGUCGCCGUACGCCGUGAACGAAUCUCUGGCAACCGGAACCUAUCCGGGUUUGGCAGGGGCGGCCACCACGCAACAUCACAUCGCCGGUGCUGCAGCGAAACACAAUGGAGCAAACACUGGUUUGGCUGGUGGAGGAGGAGCUAUACAUACACCCGGUAAAGCGAUCCAUAACAGCUCGGAGACACCCGCCGCCGGAGGCUCCGGAACUGGACCGACCAAUAACGGAUGCGUUUCGAAUGCCCUGAAAAAAUUCAAUAUUCCCGCCAACAUGAACAAAGGCUUUAUGGGAAGCUAUCUGAAGUUUCUGCAAGGCGAAAGGGACAGCUCACCGCCACCGACCACCCGCGGUGGACGGAAAGCGAUAUGGUCCAGGCCUGAGGGCCGAAGCGCGCCAGCGAAUAAAAGCAACACCUCCAACGCUACCCCAGCGGCUCCGACCGCGGGAGCUACGACGACGUCCACCACUACAACAACGGCGGGAUCGGGUCCGUCCUCCGCAAAAUCGUUACCGUACGGCGGGAGCAAUCCGAUCGAACCGGAUCACAAGCUGGAUGCCAAACAAGCGCAGCACGAUGGGACGGGUCAGCAACAGAUGUAUAGUAGCGGUGCGAAAGAUAAUCGAAAGCGAAAGUACAAUGCACCAUCGGCGGUUGCCAGCAGGAGCCAACAAGAUCCUCUCAGCACGAUGCCACCGCAACGCCGUCAAACGAGCAGUCGGAAGGCAAAGGCAAAGGCAAUUUUACAGCAGCAACAGCUACUGCAGCCCAGUAUUAUGGAAGAGCCGCCCGAUUUUGCGCACGAUUCCGAUUCUGAUCCUGCGUGGACACCGACCGAAGACAAGGACGAUGACGAUGAAGAGCCCAUUGUUGGAGGUAGCAAAAAAUCGGCGAAAAAACGGAUCACAGUUCAGGCCAAGGAACAACCGGAACGGGCGCGGUCCAACAUUCUGUCAGUGGCAGCUGCAGGCGCCGGCAUAGCCGACUAUGAUUACGGAAGCGAUGAGGAUAACAACCCUUCCACCGUUGGUCUAACGCAACAAACGGUACUAUCGCAGCACACUUUGCCUAUCCAACAUCAGCAGCUUCAGCAGCAGCAAGCGGUGAUGCUUCACCAAGCACCAUCGCAACACCAGCAGCAACAGAUGAUCAACGCACAAACACAGCCAAUCCUUUACGGUCAACAAGCAAACAAUCACAUUGCAGUACCGGAUCAGUAUGGUAUGCACCAAAGUCAGCCACAGCAAUCGUUCAACGCCCCCGGCACCGGAAUGAUGGCUAUUUCAACCUCCCAGACCCCAACUGACGAGUUCCAGGUGGGGGAUUUUGUUGUGUUGCGGUCGGAUUUGGUGCAAAACUAUCCCGUCAUCUGGCGUGUCGAUGGUAAAACGUUGCUGCAAAAAUAUGAAGCGUAUGACGAUCCGACUGGCAAAACGUUACAUCGGAACGUUUCAACCUACGCCGCGUGGAAUGGGGAAUCGAAAAAGUUGUACGUAAAAAUUCCUGUCCGCUUCCGGGUGCACAACGCGGGGGAAUCGAUCGUCGAGUUUACGCGCAACGAACUGCCGAUCAAUCCGGACGAGUCUGGAGGGACCGGCACUGACGGUAGCAACGGCGGUGCCAUCGAGCAGCAGCAGCAUUUACUUGACAAAUCGAUGGACGAAUCAAAGAUGUACCAGGACGUGUUUGAGGUGUACAUCCAGACGCUGAUAUCGCAGGCACUCGAUGCGAACUUUUUGAAAGAAAUCUUCCAGGAACAAGAUGAUUACUUCUUGACACGCGUUAAAACGAUCGACAAUCUCACGGAGGAUCGCCGGCGACGUCUCAUUCAGCUGACGCCCUGGUCCCGGAACAUACUGACGUCGAUUGCUACCUUUCCGGCGUAUAACAUCAUGACCGAGCUGCACCACCACAGUCACCAGCUUCAGCCGGUGUGUGUGACCUGCCAUCAGCCGGGCAUCGCGAUGAGGAUCGUAUUGCAGGGCCAGACGUACAACGUCGCCACACUGGCCCCGGCCGUAAUGGACGCUGCUUCGCAGUACGAUAAAAGCUUUCAGCUGUGCCGCGCGUGUUCGGUGCGCUUCGAGCUGCUGCACAAGAUUUGCCACCAAAAGUACAUGAUGUUUGUUGAGUGUGCCAAGCGCGUUAAUCAGCAGAUUUCGCACGAUUCCGGCAAAGCGGCCACCGUCAUCCUGAACGAACUGCUCGCCGACGAACACUGGCUCGCGAUGCUCUUCAAGGAGGUGCGCAGCAUAUGGGCCGAAAUCGAGAGUCUCGAGCGUCAGCAGUGUCGGUUUUAGGUUUGGUUUUUAUUUUGAUAAUUCAUGUUGCACUCGAACAUGAUGCAGCUGUUGUCUGUCUUUAAGGCCAUGCUUUUAUUUGUAUAUAAAUUUGCAAAAAGAAACAAAUAAUAGGCUACCUUGCAUCCAGUGGUGACCGGAGUCAUGGGCCAUACGGGUGGUUGGGUGCCGUAUCUCUAUUGCUAAGUGGAAUUAAGUGGAUAAAAUCAAGCAAAAAGGAUUGGUCGAAAGUAGGGCUAGAAACUACGUGACACAGUGACAGUUGUAUUUU